AACAUUCUGUAAACAUUUUGAAGCCUACCCCUUUAAAAUGUUUUUCUGCUUGGUCCCUUGGAAAGCUUCUUAAUAAAAAUGGAUCCACUGUAUAUGUUGCAGGUGAGCACCCAUGGCCACUUCCAAGAGCAGAUACGUUUGUGGAAGUAUCCGGGCUUGACACAACUUGCGAGCCUCACUGCCAACUCUGCCAGAGUUCUCUACAUGGCAGAGUCACCAGAUGGGCAAGCAGUUGUGACUGGUUCUGCAGAUGAGACACUCCGUUUUUGGAGUGUGUUUAGGAAACGUCAUUCUCAGAAGGAGAACCACUCGCCCCUGGAAUUAUAUAACGCCAUCCGUUAAAGAGUUCUUCAAUAGUCCACUAGUUUUUGUAAUGUUAUGUUAUACAGGGUGAAUCGUAUAGAACCAGCCCGAUGAAUUUGCUAAUAAUUCUGCAGGUGAUGCACAUAACCGCUCAC